GUACCUCCUAAAAUAAAUUUAAAUACUAUCUACUUAUAUUAUAUUAUUUAUAUUGUUUUAGCGUGAGUAUAUUUAUUUAAAAUAAUAAUACAUCGUAGUCUUAAAUUUUACAUUAGUCAUCACAAACUACAUUAUACUGUUUAAUGUAAAAUACAUUGGCUUUUAGCUAUAUACUUAUAUCUACGUAUUUAGUUAGGUAUAUAAAUUUAGUGUAAAAAAUAUAAUUGUAGAUAGGUAUACUUGUUUAGACACAAUAUUACAUAGGUCAGUGAUGCUACAUUAAAAUUUAAUUGGGGAGAGGAGAGGUAAAAAUUAUUUCUUGUUACUCACCACUUUUGCAUUAUAUACCUACAUAGCUUACCAAAAACAAAUAGUUUGCUGCUGUUAUUUGUUGAUCAGUAUUCAGUUGUGUAUCUUUUCCUUUCAGUUUGGUAAAUAUAAUUAAACAUAUUAAUAACUUAUUUAAAUAGUUUUUUGGGUACACGUGGACCCCCCUCCCCUCAUCCAUCGAAAAAAGGGGGUGGUCGUCCCUCUUGGGUUAUAGGUUUGGAGCCACUGACAUAAGUAAAUAAGUAAUAUAUAAAUGAUCAGAUUUUAAUCUGUUUGUAAAAUAAAUAUCAGCAUAAUACAACAGAAUAUUCCAUACCAUAUAUAUUAUAUUAUAUUUUGAAUAUUCAAGAUUAUCGUGUAAAUAAUUUUCUGUACAGCGAGAACAUCAUAGAUUAUACAUUUAUAGACAGCUCAAUAAAAUGUGCCUAUGUUAAUGACAUAGGUCGCAUAACUAUUGACAUUUGGAUUGUUUUUGUUAAUUAUUAAUUAUUAUAUCACAUUAUUAUUCAUUAGUUUAUAUAAUAGUACCUACGUAUACACGUGUACUAUAUAUAUUAUCGAACGACAAAAUGCUGCAGGGGUUGUUGUCAAUGCUGAAGCGGUUACGAUCAUCGCCAGACAAGGAACUUCGCAUCCUGCUACUAGGUCUGGAUAACGCAGGAAAGACGACGCUGAUGAAGAAACUCGCGUCCGAAGAUGUUUCGCACAUAACGCCUACGCAAGGUUUCAACAUUAAAUCCGUUCAGGCUGACGGCAUGAAACUGAACGUGUGGGACAUCGGUGGACAGCGCAAGAUUAGACCGUAUUGGCGCAAUUAUUUCGAAUUCACCGACAUACUAAUUUACGUAGUGGACAGCGCAGACAGAAAACGCGUGGACGAAACAGGAUUCGAACUGAACGAACUGCUCAACGACGACAAAUUAGCCGGUGUACCAGUGUUGGUAUACGCCAACAAACAAGAUUUGGCGUUGGCGGCAAAAGCUUCGGAAAUAGCGCAAGAACUUAACUUGCAUCUAAUUCGUGAUCGGCCGUGGCAAAUACAGGCUUGUUCAGGUAUACGCGGGGAAGGCAUCAAAGAAGGAUUGGAAUGGAUCAGUCAAAAUGUAAAAAAGAAGUAAUAGUAUUAAUUUAUUGAAUAUUUUUCACACUAAUUACUAUAUAGUUUGUAUCAUAGGUGUAUGUAAGAAUUACCAAUUAGUAUAAUAUUUUAUAAUCAUAAUAUUUUUUUAAACAUGUAAAAUAUAUAUAAAACAAAUCUAUUAUGUAUUUUAAAAUAAACGUUUUUUACUAAUA